CGACAGUCCGCACGUGCGGUUCGCUCGUGCAGUACCCACGCGCGGCCAGCGAGUCGUCGUCGUUCCCCGGCGCGCGUGAAAUAAGGCGACUGGAUUCACCGUGAGCAAUCGUUGGUUAUACAAUAACGCACAGUCAGAUAUCGCAGCCGACUCCUUAUCGGCAUAUCCUCUCCGGGAGAACGAGGGGGAGAGAGAGAGAGAGCGAGAGGACAAGCGCGCAUCCUGUCUAUCUGGAACAAUAAGAAAAAAAUCACAUCAGUGAUGGACGAGCAUCUCACCCACACGGCAUAGACGACGCAGUGCUCGCUUGCCCCGCAGUCAUGCAAGGAGACGUAGCGACGCUCCUGCGCGAGCUCGCGGACUUCCUGGACGGACUGAGCGGUAUCCAGCUGCCAGAGGCGAUUGAGUCUACCCGCGAGUCUUUGCUCGAGCGGUCGCGGACGAUCCUCGAGCACAGCGACUCCCUGCAGCCUUAUCUCGACAUGAACGUUCGCGCCGAGCUCCGCGAAACCGACCGAUCUGCGGAAUAUGUCAGUGCCGAUAGACAACAGGAGCAACGGAGCUCGCUGCAGCACUACUACGAGACUUUCCAGGAAUAUCACAAGAGCGACGCUAAGGACGAGGGAAGCAAGACUGACCGCAACAGCCCGUUGGACAACGUGGUCUUACUCUAUGCCGGCUUCUCGUCCAGCCAAGCGAAAGCGCACUCAGCUAAAUCCGGCAGCCUCGAGCAUCUCAGACGCGAGCGUAAAGUCUUCGCACCGUUCAAUUUCAUCUGGCUGAACAGGCACAGCUGGGUGAGCUUAGUCGGCAUUCACCUCCUGCUAUUCGCGAACGACCGUGAAUCUCGGCCCUACAUCGUCAUCCCACUUCGUGGCUACAAAAGUCGAGCAGCUCCGGAUGCUUUAUCUCGCGAUCCAAGAAGGAGCGAGGGUGCUUUCGAGAUCUACUGCCCUGGCGAGCGAACCUUUCAAUUCAUCGCGAAAAAUUCGCAGGAGAUGCGCGAAUGGGUAGAUGCUAUCAACGAGAGUCUCGAGCCUAGCGACAUGAAAGUCAAAGUGAGAAAAACUACUUUCGCCGAGAUUCUCGAGUUGGAAUCGAACGAAAGGAGGUGCAUUGAAAGGAUAAGAGAAGAGGCCGAGAAGUAUCAGGAUGUCUUGAACUCGCCGAAGGCAAAAGUCAAAGAUAAGCAAGUCUCAACAAAGGCUGUUACGCCUGAAAAAGAGAGGGCUGAGGCGACGAAAAUCGAGGAAGCGCCUCCGUUACCAGUCAGAACCGAAAGAAGACGUUUGCCCUCGUUACCAUCCCAGGAAAAACUCUCGUUUGAGCCGAAGGAUGAAAUUUACGACGAAGGAGGACUUUACCAUAGAAUCGAAGAUAUAAAAGCGCAAAGAGAAUAUCAGAAUUGCAAAAUUGUUAAGAGCAGUGCUGCCAAAGUCGUUCAAGAAACUUACGACGACGUGGAAACGUUCGUUGAUGAAUCUCAGAAUGAAAACCCGUCGGAAACUUACGAUGACGUUGGUAGUAUCGUACAGACCGGCAACGAGCCUGUUGCGUACGACGAUAUUGUUAGUAUCGUACAGACCAACAACGAGUCCGUUUCGUACGAUGAUGUUCACAUCAAAGCAGAAAAAGACAAAUCGCUAAAGCCGUCGAAAGCGUCAAGUGUUAAACGUUCCUUCUUCGAGCGAGUGCGCAAUCGCAAAGAGUCCGUCAAGCGAGACGACAAAGUGCCAAAGUCGCCAAUAUCGCCAAGCCCCAAAACACCGGAGCCUGAUGUGCCAUGUUACGACGAUAUUUCGACAGCCCGAGCGAUUCAAGAGGAGAAUUAUUUAUCACCACCACCACCUAGGCCAAUUUAUUCUCGGCCACCGACGAUCAUCAAGUGUGCAGCUUCUGAGGAGAUUUAUGAUGACAUUGAUACUGGCAGCGAGAAGAAUGGAUGUAAAGGUUGUGCCAACGUCGACGUCAUCAGGGAUUAUCCGAAAAACGGUUCUUUUUUGUCGGACCUACAGUUGAGCAUCGAUCAAGAGCACUACCAAGUUCCAAAAUCUGGCAUCCGACCCGUGGAAUUAUCUCAGCCACCGGAAGAGACCUACGACGAUGUAGCAUUGUCAGAAACAUUUAAGAACCGACCACGCGAGACGCCGGAAAAAAGUAUGUGGAGUCGCUUUGGCAGCGGUAAACGGCCGAAGAUAUUCGACCAGGCAAACAGACAGUCAUCCGACGAGAUCGACGACGGUGAUGCUCAGCAACCAAAAGUCAAGCAGUCUAUCCAAAAACUCUUCAGUAAAGUCGAGAACACUUUUGGCAAAGCGACGAAAGCCAAUGGUGUUACGCAAAGUUGAUCCUUUCACGGUACUCGAAUCCGAUCGUGAUUUUAGAUCGUAAAUAGCCUUUUCAUCUUUCGAAAGCUGCGUACGAAAGUAAUAAGCAUUGAUAUAUCCGAGAUUAUCUCAGACUGUAGUACUUGUAGCGCGCGUGUGAGCGAAGUCUGAAAAUUCAUUGUCUAGAUUACAAAGCCAAUAAGUUUGCGCAAACAAUUAUUUUGUACUCUUUCACCUAAGUAUUAAAAAAUAUAAAUAAAAGCGGACCAUGAUAUUUGAGCGUUGCGAUUCAAAAGAUUGUGAACUUGUAAUAAACG